UAUAAAACAUUCUCCGACACAAGCACAAUUCCGUCACGCUUGACACAUCCUCGGCUCUACUUUCAGGCCAACCCGCAUACUUUCACCUGACACCUUAUUAGCCCCAACGUCGCUCUACAUCCCACACUACAUCCCGCGCCCGCGUCCGGAGUCGUCAUUGGCAAUGGCUCCCUCCGCCAUGAUGGAUGAGAUGGCGCCAAUGCAGCUACCCGUGCACGCAAAGUCGAUAAGUGCGUCCGUCUUGCAUGGGCCUCGAGACCUACGAUUGGAGGCCCGGAGCAUCGAGGACCCUGCCGUUGGCGAACUGCAGAUUGCCGUCAAGUCAACUGGCAUCUGUGGCUCCGAUGUAUCGUACUACAAGAAGUUUGCCAACGGGGAUCUCUGUGCUUGUGCGCCCUUAUCCCUUGGACAUGAGUCGUCCGGUACAGUUGUGGCCAUUGGACCCCAUGUUUCCGGCUUCAGCAUCGGUGAUCGGGUGGCUCUGGAGGUCGGCCUUCCAUGUGGUCAAUGUGGUAUCUGCAGAAAAGGCAGAUACAAUUUAUGCAAGAAGAUGCGCUUCCGGAGUAGCGCAAAGAGCGUGCCUCACUUCCAGGGCACCCUUCAGGAGAGGAUAAACCACCCUGCCAUUUGGUGUCACAAACUACCGGAUCACGUCUCGUUUGACGCUGCUGCGUUACUUGAGCCCUUGUCCGUUGCUAUCCACGCUAUCAACCGUGCCUGUCCAAUUCCUGGCUCUACUGCACUUGUCAUGGGUGCAGGCACGGUUGGGCUCUUGACUGCAGCCAUGGCUCGUCAAUCUGGCUGCACAACCGUCACCAUCACGGAUGUUGAUGCUGGCAGAGUUGACUAUGCCAUAAAACACGGCUUUGCGACUCACGGAUAUGUCGUUCCCCGUCCUCUUCACACCUCCUCCAGCAGCUCUUCCAUAUUCACCAACAGCUCCGGAACGUCGACGCCUUUGGAGUGCGGUGUCAUGACACCGGCGAGUCUCUUCUCUAACUCGAUCCAAGGUCAACUCGAAGGAGCAAAGAGCCUCGCAGCCGACAUCCUCGCUCAAACUAAACCGCCCCCGGGUCUCGAGUUUGACGAUGAAGAUGACGGAGUUGAUAUUACGUUCGAAUGCACCGGAAAGGAGGUUUGCAUGCAUAUGAGUCUCUACGCCACACGGCCGGGUGGGAAGGUCAUUAUGGUCGGCAUGGGUACCCCUAUCCAGACCCUCCCAAUGUCCGCAGCCCACCUGCGGGAAAUCGACAUCCUGGGCAUCUUCCGAUAUGCCAACACCUACCCUACUGGUAUUCGAUUACUCUGCGCCCAGGGCCGGGGCGGUACUGGCUUCUCCUUUCCGAGCCUAGAUGACAUGGUUACCCACCGAUUCCAGGGUCUUGGUGCUGCAAAAGGCGCCUUUGAGCUUGCUAGCAGAACCGUCGAUGACAACGGCAACCUUGUGCUGAAGGUGGUCAUUGAGGCCUAAAGUGGAUUGAUUGAAUUGGCAUGGGAUGAGCUCUGUACCACCAACUCCUUGCAUUAAUAUCUGGCUUCUGGACAUGACGAUGUUGCGAUGCUUCACUCCACUCUCGAUGACAUAACGCUGCGACGACGUGAGAAUUCAGCUGAAACAAGACGGGAGAGGCAGACAUUGAGGUUUAGAGGGAGAAGAGUAAACGUGGUUUCAAAGAUAUUUGUCCAAAUGGAGUGAAAAUGAAUGGGACACAAUGGAUAGGGGAGAGCUUGAUAAAUACCCACCAGGUUCGAUUUCCUACCACUGCUCAACUUCUUAAUAUGGGGUCAAGACCGGGGAGCCAGGCGAUGGAAUUCAAAUGGCUAGACUGGAUAUUCGGAAGGCUGUGUUAAUAUCAAAUUGAAGAUCACCGGAUUUACAUCAACUGGUUCUAUUGUGAAGUUUGGCGGCCACGUGGCAAGGCGGCUUUACCGAUUCGCUCAUAGGCUGAGCUGGAC